CUGUGGAGUGUAAGCACCGCAUGUAGCUGUCGAAUGUAUCAUGUAUUGUCGUAUCAAGCAACAUUCCAUUCUCUGGGUUAUCGAUGAUACCAGACAAGUCGUCCAAGAUAUUUUCCUUUCGCCCCAGUCAUUAGACGGGUCUCUAACAAAACUCAUCGAUGGUUACACCAUGCGUGGUGCAAGUAUCCUUGUGCAUUGUCGUGGGGAUUUGGGUAGAGCAGGCCUCGUAGCAUGCUGUUUGGCACUAAAAAUCGGCUUGUGCGGGUGGAUCAACGUGGACCUAUCGCCGAACCCAGCAGAAGGCCCCGAUGGCUCGGAGAGUUACGUCAGGAGGGAUACUUUACAACUCGUCGAGCACGCAAUCACUGUUGUGCGGAGACGGUGAAGCGUCAAGGCCAUUGAGACGCUGGAACAGGUGCGGUUUUUGACCGAGUAUGUUGACUUUUUACGAGAAGGAGCGGGGCGGGAGGGACAGUCGUGAUUUAUGGCUGGUAUAUUCAUUGUAUUUAGGUGUCGACGACGUGUAGUUUUGAUUUGUUGCUAUAGCCCUUACUAUACUGUAGUUAUUUUCAU